CCAGAUGAUUAGUGGCCCGGUUAAAUUAUGUAAUUGACGUUGCGCGGCUUGUUUGCGAAUUCGUCGUCCUUCCACAGGCGACCGGGUUGUCCCGAUCGUACGAUCGUCAACUCAUUGGCUCAAAAAACACACCAUUCGCACCCACUUUCAAUUAUUAUGCACUUCGGAGAGCAUUCGAAUGCAUCACAAAAUGACUUUGAAACCCUCUGUAGUUUUCUUAUGAGACGAGAAUGGCUCGGUGUCUAUAGUUUUAUCGAUAAACUCUCUCAGACCACCUGUCGGUAUGAACUGGGGAUCUUGAUCACUCGAUCUAGAUAGAUCAGGUAUAUAAUCAGAUCAAUCUAAUCAUGGAUAGACCUUUCUUCUUCUAUCCAGCACAUCUACCAACAAGCCAAUACCUUCAAUAUAUACCUUCAAUAGUUAUACAUAUCAACAACAAGCACUACUAUAUACACAAAGCCAAUCCCUAGAGAUGGAGCAAAAGACCAACUACACCACACAGACCAAGCCCAUCACCAUUCCAGCGCCAAGCAAAAAGAACACGGCAUCACAAGACAUUCAAACAUUCUCAUUUGAGGUCGGAAGCCCAGCCCUCAGCGAUUGCGAAUCAGCCCUAGACGAAGAUGAGGACGCCUACGACAUGUACCACAUUCCCUCUCACCACCGGAGGAAUGCGCUGAGCUUCGAAGACGGCUUCGAGUUUCCCGUAUUUCUCCACAGACGGAUGUCGGCAUAACUCUGGAGUGAUAGAACUCGGCGUUCCAGUUGUAUCCGGAACGCAGCAGAAAAGAACGUAUACACGCUCCUCGGCACUUAUGCCGCCACAAGUGUUGUCAAACAGACAUUCGUGAAAACAUCGCGCCCGAAUGGGCCCAACAGGUUGAAGCAGGAGGGUAUCAACACGAUGCCGUCGCAACACUGCGUCUCGGUCGUUGAUAAGUAGGUCCCGGCUUCGGGGAUAUAAAGAAACUACGGACGGGGCGAGGUAUAUCGCCGAUUGAGACAGGAAAAUGGGUUGCUUAGAUUUCGGCGUUUUGAAAGGGGGAAAUUCGGGAAGCCUAUCUGAUUUGGGUACCUAGGAAUGCGUGGAUACCCUUGGCGUUAUCCUUGGACAAUAGCUUCACUUUUGCUUUGAGGAUGUAUCUAUUUAGUUUUGCUUGCCCAUCUGGGGCAGCUUGUGUAUGAGUAUGUGGAUAUGUAGGUACCUACCUAUAUACUACCUCCGAGCGCAAUAGCGAAUGGAAAAAUCAUCGAUCUAGACAAUGACUUCAUAUAUACCUUAUAUUUA